AUGGAGUAUGAUGACAACAGAUAUAACUCAAGUAGAGGUGCACAUUUAAAUCUCAAACGUGCAGAAAAAGCUAGCAUAUUGGUUAACAAGAAUCCAGCUCUUGUUGAUACUCUGGCCGGUAAGACUCAUGCUUGGGAGGAGGAUCGUGGCAUGCUAUUCAUGUAUGAGAGUUAUGAAAGAUUAGAGGAAGGGUCAAACAAAAAGAAGGAAAUUCUCUCGGAGAUCACUGAGAUGAUGAUGCACAGAGCACACCUUGACAGUAGCAUCAAACUCAUCGGCAAUCUAAUUUUUGGAUCGGCUGUUGCACCUUCAGUCCUCAAAACCGUGAGGCCAUCUGGUCAGGCUCUGGUUGAUGAUUGGGUCCAAGCAUUCGAGUCGCAUUGUGGAUCGCUCACUCAAUAUGGCAUGAAGUAUAUGCGAGCUUUCGCAAACAUAUGUAACGAGGGUGUCUCGAAGGAUGCGAUGGAAGAAGCUUGUGGUAAUGUUUGUGGCAGCUACAACUCAGCUAAGUGGAGUCCCUUUAUCCAUGGCUACAGUGCAUGA